UACAUCGCUGCCUCUGAAAGGUUGUUAAAUGCCUCGAUACACGCAUCGCUAAUACAUAAAGAAGUUCAAUCUUAUUAGUCGUGGUUUUAAAACAUGGAAGUAAACGACACAAUUGUGAUACCAAAUUCUGAAGUGGAAGAAAAGGAGACGAUCAUGUCCAAUUUGGACUCUGAUAAAACAAAAGCAGAAUUUAUUUGGACUCUCCAAGCUACGUGGCACCUUGUGAAUACCCGACUGGAAAUGGAUCAGGCCUUCGACCAACCGGUGUGCAAGAAAAAGAAACUAUGGGAAUUGGUGGCAGAGAAGGUGAACGCCAAACUGAGCGAGUCAGAGGACGCCGGUGCAGCCGUGAAGGCGUACGAGUGUGAUCUCAAGUGGAGAAACAUGCUGGCCACUUACAGAAAGAACACAGAGAGGGCCAAGCGGCUGGGGUCAGCGAGUGUUCACUGGGAGUUCUUCAAAGCAAUGCACGAUGUCCUAGGCAAGAGCCGGGAAGAGAUUGAAGCCCAGCGCAAGGCCAAGCUCAGCGGUACCAGAAUUGGCAGGGCGAUGGCCAGCAAGAAGUUUACCCGGAUCCUCCCGACACCCCCUGCCAUCGCUGCCCCGUGUCCCGCCAGGCCUCCCCAGGACGUCCUGCAGCUGUAUAUGGAGCUGCAGGAGAGGAAGAUGAACAUGUGGGCACAGCAGAAAGCGCUGGAGGAGAGGAAAAUAGAGGCCAUCAACAACCUGGCCCAGGCCAUCUCCAGCCUGGCUCAGAAGAACAACGAACAAGUGUCCAAGGACGGACAUUAAGCUGGAAGUGUUGUUUCCUUCUGCCAAAGACUUUCACAAGCAUUACAGAUUGAAAAAUUUAGUUUUAAAAAAUUGAUCAAAUGGUCUAUAGAAGGAUUACUAUGUGUAUAAUAAGGUUGUACUUUUUUACUCAUUUGCCAAAAGAUAUAACAAAAUAUUUUUUUUUAACCAAAAAAAAAAGAAUAGUAGUCAAUAAUGAUAUGAAGAGAAAAAUAAGAGACUGCUAUGACAUUCUAACAAGAAUAAAUAGAGGAUGCAAUGUAUUUUUUUAGGAUCCCAUAGGGCUGGGCGAUUUUGGACAAAAAUAAAAUCCCGAUUUUUUUUUCUCUGAAAACCCGAUUUUCGAUUUUGAUUUUUUUGGUAAAACUACAAAAGACAAUGGAAUAAAUUGUUUCAAAUAUUUUAUCUUUAAAGAAAAAUAGCAAACAAAUGUCCCUAUUGGGAAUGAAGUGCAAUUGAAAGAUACUGUAAAUCCUCCUUGAGUUUAGUAAAGUGACAACAUUUACAAUUUUCUUGACCAAACAAAGAUGACUAGACGAGCUCUGUCUGUAAUGCAGCCAGCUGCAAAAAAGGAAAAUCGAUUUUCCGAUUUUCCUUUUUUUAACAUCGAUUGUGAUUAAUAAAUCCAAUUUAGAUUUAAAAUCGAUUAAUCGCACAGCCCUAGGAUCCCAACAAGAAUACACGUCUCAAGUCAGAUGUAGCAUACAUAUUUAUUUUGAUUGGUCAGUAAGCUAAUUUAUAUUCAUCUUUACUCAAAAGGAGGAAAAAUAAAGUACAAAAUAAAACACUGACAUUUUUUGAGGUCAUGUUUAGCUUUGAUUAAUGCAUGCGGUUACCUUGGCUUUGGUUCAUGCAGUAUCUCAGCAUUUAUUUUUCUAACAAAAACUCAGAAUAAAUGUUUGUUUUGCUAAGAUCUAACGUUGAUUGUAGAUGUGACCACUACAGCCUUCUCCAGCAUUUCCUGCAGAUCCUCAGUGGUGGCCAGUCCACAUAUGAACAUCACAUGUCACUCUGAACAAAUUCUUCAACGAUAUGACUGCAUUUUUAAUAUAAUUGGUUGUACUUUUUAACGCACAACUCAUGUAGUGUUUUUAUUAUAAUAAUCACCCAUAGCAAUUUUACGACUGA